AUGGAAAAUAGGGCUUGGAGUGGCAUUUGGGUGAUAUCGGUGUUCCUUUUGGCACUGUUCAGUGUAUCAGCAUUUGCAGCAGAGGAAGGGGAGAAAGUGUUGACUUUAGACCAUUCCAACUUCUCGGAUACUGUGUCCAAACACAAUUUCAUCGUCGUUGAAUUCUAUGCUCCUUGGUGUGGGCACUGUCAGGCACUUGCCCCAGAGUACGAAAAAGCUGCAUCAAUACUGGGCAGCCAUGACCCUCCUAUAGUUCUGGCAAAGUUUGAUGCAAAUGAUGAAGCAAACAGAGAACUAGCAUCUGAAUUUGAGAUUCAGGGUUUCCCCACUAUGAAGAUCUUAAAGAAUGGAGGAAAGAACAUUCAGGAGUACAAAGGUCCUCGUGAGGCUGAUGGUAUCGUUGAUUACUUGAAGAAACAAGUUGGUCCUCCAUCGGCUGAAAUCAAAUCAGUGGAAGAUGCUGGCAAACUUGGGGAUGAGAAAAAGAUCUAUGUUGUCGGGGUGUUUCAAAAAUUCUCUGGGAACGAAUAUGAGAAUUUUAUGACUUUAGCAGAAAAGUUGCGCUCUGACUAUGAUUUUAGUCACACUCUUGAUACCAACCUCCUCCCUCGGGGUGAAUCGGUCAACAAGCCAACUCUUCGCCUGCUUAAGCCGUUCGAUGAACUGUUUGUUGAUUUCCAUGACUUUCAAGUUGAUGCAAUGGAGAAAUUCAUUGAAGAAGCUACCAUUCCUUUUGUCACUAUUUUUAACAGUGAUCCAAGCAAUCAUCCGUAUGUAAACAAAUUUUUUGGGAGUGCCAACACUAAGCCAAUUUAUAAGGAUGUUGCUGUGCUCUACAAAAAGAAGAGUAUAAGUUUUCUGUUGGGGGAUCUUGAAGCCAGUGAAGGUGCCUUCCAGUACUUUGGGCUUACAGUGGAUCAGGCACCUCUUCUUAUUAUACAGACAACUGAUGGUCAGAAGUAUCUCAAGGCAAACAUAGAACCUGAUCAGAUUGUACCGUGGCUAAAAGAUUACACGGAUGGUCAAGUGAAGCCAUUCAUAAGAUCAGAGCCUAUUCCUGAAGUUAACAACGAACCUGUCAAGGUGGUAGUUACUGACAGCCUUCAGGACAUGGUUUUUAACUCCGGAAAGAACGUUAUGCUAGAAUUCUAUGCACCUUGGUGUGGACAUUGCAAGCAGUUGGCUCCAAUCUUGGAAGAAGUUGCCAUCUCAUUUGAAAAUGAUACUGAUGUUAUGAUUGCGAAACUGGAUGCAACGACAAAUGAUGUACCAGUUGACACCUUCGAUGUUCAAGGAUACCCUACUUUGUACUUCAGAUCUAUCCUGCUAAGGAUGAACUAUGAUGAGGGUUUACUUGAAUGCUCCCCAUGGGAACUCCGACGAGCUUGA